AGAACUGGACCAGAGCGCUGACCCUAUAAUGACACAAUAAUGCCACUCAGAACAUGGCGGCGACGUCGUCGUCACCGCACACCAGGACAUUACGUAUGUUUGUCGAUAAGAGAGGAUAGCCGUUGACAAUGUUAGCUUAACUGGUUAUACCGCAGAAGGCGGUUGUUUGUCCGAAAUAUGUGUGGUAAAAUGUCUGAAUAAUGUAUCGGACUCUCUACUCGUCAACCUUCGUUAGGUUUUCGCUUCUACAUGUUUGUUUUCAAUCUCGGUUAUUAUUUAUAGCCGACUUUUGCAGCACAGAAUGCCAUUAGCCUUCAUUAGCAAAGAGAACGUUCCGUUAGCCACCGUGGAGCUAAAACGGCUAACGACAGAGACUUAAAUAUUGUCUGGACACCUUCUAUAAGCCCUGUUGUUCAUCUGAGGACCGAGAAACUGGGGACAGUUGCAGAGUGGAACCAGAACUUCUAACCAAGUUUCAGGCAACAGAUAAGCAGAAGAUACAGGUUAUAUGGCGGAAACCUUAAAACUACUAGAACAUGUCAAGGUUGCAAACAACGACUGUGACAAGGAGAAGCACAAGUGGAGCCAGGAUGUCUGAGAUGAAAGUUGAAGCAGAAGACCCUGUGUGGCUCAGUUUGGAGCCCCCCAUACCUGCAGCACUGACAUCAGAACUGGAGCAAAAACAAGACAGCAAAGAUCUCAUCCAUCAGAUUAAAGAAGAGGCUCCUCAUGGCUGGAGCUCUAGUUUGGACCAGCACCACCCUGAACCCCCCCAUAUAAAGGAGGAAGAGGAGGAACUGUGGAUCAAUCAGGAGGAAGAGCAGCUUGCUGUGAAGAUUGAAGAUGAAGAGAAAUGUAAUUUAUCAGAGCUUCAUCACAUCAAAACUGAAGACAACAGAGUAACAGAAAAUUCAAACACUUGUUUAGUUGAACAGAUGAAAACAGAACAUGAUGGAGAAGAUGAUGGAGGACCAGAACCAGACAGGAAUCCAGAUCCAGAGUGUUCUUCUCAAGAAAGAAAGAUGACUGUUCACAGUAGAGGUAAAAGAUCUAACUGCUCCAAACUUACGGCUCAGAUUGGACUCCAUGCAGGAGAGAAGCUAUUCAGUUGCAAUGUUUGUGGCAAAGGUUUCAAACAUAAGACUUCUGUUAAAAUACACAUGAUGAUUCACACUGGAAAGAUAACACAUCACUGUGGCCUUUGUGGGAAAGGAUUUAAAGCAAAGUACCCUCUUCAGACACAUAUGCGACUCCACACUGGAGAGAAACCAUUCACAUGUGAUUAUUGUGGUAAAGGCUUUCAUGCAAAGAACUUUCUUAAGACUCACGAGAAGAUCCAUUCAGGAGAAAAACCUUUUUCUUGUGAUGUUUGUGGUAGGAGAUUCCAUAGAAAGGAUGGCAUUAAACAGCACAUGAGGAUCCACACUGCAGAAAAACCAUUUGUUUGCAGUGUUUGCAACAGAGGAUUUUCCCAGGAAAUUGUCCUAAAGAGACACAUGCAUGUUCACACAGGACAUAAACAGUUCACUUGUAGUUUUUGCAGUAAAGGUUUUUCCCAACAAAAUAUACUACAGAGUCACCUGCGUGUUCACACAGGAGAGAAACCAUUUAUCUGUACUGUUUGCAGCAAAGGAUUUCAUCUACAAAAUGUAUUAAAAAGACACAUGCGCAUUCACACUGGUGAGAAACCGUUUAUUUGUAGUGUUUGUAGUCAAGGAUUUUCACGACAAGAGAAUCUGAGAAAUCACAUGCGUGUUCACACUGGAGACCGACCAUUUGUUUGUAGUGUUUGUUGUAAAGGAUUUUCACGACAAGGUUAUCUGAAAAAACACAUGGAUGUUCACACCGCACCGUUUAACUGUAGUGAUUGCAGUGAACGUUUUAUGAAGGAAAUCCAGUUGGAGAGACACAUGAGACUUCACAGGGAGGAGAGGCCAUUUGGUUGUGAUGUCUGUAAAAACAGAUUUUUUAGGAUGUCGCAUCUUAAAAAUCACUUGAGAGUCCAUUCAGGAGAGAAACCUUAUAUUUGUAGUCUUUGCAGUAAAGCAUUUUCACAACAAAUUAUACUAACAAGACACAUGUAUGUCCACACCGGGGAGAAACCAUUUGUUUGCAGUAUUUGCACUAAAUCGUUUUCACGACGUGGAGAUCUGAAGAAUCACAUGCAUGUUCAUAAAGACUGCAACAAAUGAUUGUUUUGAAAGUUGACUCUUAUUUCAAUAAGAAAUCUAAUUAAUGAGCAACUUUUUCUUGCCAUUUUCCACUUUCUGUAGGCACACAUUUUGAUUUUUACCUUGUGAACAUGUUUUUCUAUACUUUCUCAAGACUGCACACCUCAAUUAACACUGUAUUAAGUCAAUUAAAAAAUACAUUAAUGACUUGUGAAACCAAAUUUGAAAAAGUCAGAUGAGUUUGUUUUUUUCUACUGAGUCUUUAAAGGACAGUUUGUCAUUGGUAACCAUUCAUUUCAUCUUUGUUAACACAUAAAGGGUUAACUGUUAUGCUUUUUGACAGCUAAAGAAACUUAGAUUGGGUUUGGUCACAUCAACGUUCAGCUCUAUAGAAUUUCAUGUUAAGCCUUUCUGUUAACAUCUUGGGUUAUGUCACCUAGUCACUGCAGACCCUGCAUACACAUAUAACAAAAAUCAUUUAGCUUUUGUGAUUGCGUUGCAUUUAUGAAGAAGAUACACAUCAAACCAGAGCAUUGGGUUCUGAUAUCUGUUGUAAAUUUAUGUAGAAGAGCCAUCUUGUCAUUCAAAUGUUUGAGUGAUAAGAUGUUUGAGUAAAAACAUGAGAAAAAGCUUUGUGUCCUGAUUCUUGUGGUUAAGGAUUUGUUUCUGUUUCAGGACUUCCAAAUCGUGGUCGAUGGACCGCACUGACCAGCAGGUUAUAGAUAUUUUCCUGCUUUUACACAACUGGUAAAUCAAAAUGACAUUUGAAGUAAUUUUGGAAGUGUUUGCCUUUUUUUGCCUGCAUUUGGUACUAAUGCGUGCCUAUGAAAACACUGGAAACAAAACAAUUGAUGAAUGUAAAAAAUGUAAAUUUAAAACGUGUUCAUCUUGAUAAAAGGAUUAUCUUAGCUGUUUUAUCGCGAUUGAAUGAAUUUUGAUCAGUUUUAUACAUUUGCAAAAAAAUCAUCUGUAAAUUUGAAUGAUUUGUUUGUUAAAUAUACAUUAAAAUGUCUUGGUUGUAACUAAA